GCGCUGCUGCUCAUCGGACACUAAACAACGACAAUGUCAACAACAGAGAUAAUAUCACAGGCAAGGGCCCUUCUUGAAACAUCUCAGCCAGACCAAGCACUUGAGCUCCUAACCAAACAUCUCAAUUCUCAUGUUGAUUCUACCCAAUUUCUCCUGGUAUAUGGUGAAACUCUUUUAGAAACCAAUCAAUUGGAACAAGCAUACCAGGUGUUAUCCAAAGCAUGUGAAAUGGACCCUGAAGCUAAUGAAGGUGUGGAAAAGUUUCUUUACUUGGGUCAAAUCAUCGGUGGUGCCGAUGGGCUUAAUUAUGUCAAUAUAGCAUUGAACAAAUUAAGUGCAUAUUUAGAAGAUUUAAAUAAUGGUAAUGUUGAUCAAGGAUUAUUGACGAUGUAUGGUGGUAGUGGAAAUGAUGUAUCUAAGUUACGUCAUUGGAUUAUCGAAAAAUUGAACUCCGGGAUCUUUGGUGAGAUUGAAGUUUGGAUGACUGAUUUAUGUAUGGAGCCAGAGGCGGAAUCAAAGUGUGAAGAAUUAAUUCAACAUUCUUUGAAAUUGGAUGAUGCUAACCCUGAAGCAUACUCCUUACUUGCCUCUAUUCGAAUUUCUCAACAACGUAACCCUGAUGCUGUGGUUGCAUUGGAAAAAUCCUGGGAACUAUUCCAAGCAAAGAAAACUAAGCUCGAACAAGCUGCCAAUGAUGCUGCCGAAGCUAAUGAUAACAAUGCAUUUGAAAUUGGGAUGGAAUAUGUUGAAUUAAUCCAACCAUUACUCACACUUUCCCGAUUCGCCACGGAAUUGGAACUUUACGAUCGUGCCGCAGUGAUUGCUUCAAGUGUUCAGGACAUCAAUGAUUCUAUCUUGGAUUCAUACUAUAUCGAAGCAUUGGCCGGUUUAUUCAAAGCCAAGCAAUUGUUGUUCAAUGGUCUGGAAGAAGAAGAUUAUAGAGAUAUUGAUAUCAACACAUUAAAACAAUCAGACAAUCCCGAAAUAACUGCCAUAUUAAAUGAAGCUAAAAGUACACUUACUCAAGGAUAUAAGAUUAUUAAUAGUGAUGCUGUUGAAGAUUGUGACCUUGGAUUGGUUGAACAAGUGAACGAAUUGUUGAAAGAGUUGGGUGGUCCGGUUAUGAGUGAAUUGAUGCCUAGAAGAGGGGAUGAUGAGGAAGAAGGUUGGGAAGACGAAAUUCAAUCCGAUGAAGAAUAGUUAUUUUUAUAGACAAAUAAUAUAAAAUAGUGUACUU